AUGUCCCUCUCCGACACCACUCCCCUCAACGCCGCCAUCGCGGCCCGCCAAUCCUCCCGGCAGCUGGCCAUCCUUCCCACAUCCGCUCGGAACGAUGCCCUGACGGCGAUGCACUAUGCCCUGUCGGUAGCAAAGGACGAGAUCCUGGCGGCGAAUGCGGAGGAUAUGCAGUUGGCCGAGGCGGCGGUGCUGGCAGGGUCGAUUAGCCCGAGUUUGAUGAAGAGGUUGGAUUUGGGGAAGAAGGGAAAGUAUGCGGAUAUGUUGAACGGGAUCCUGAGUGUGCGGGACUUGGAAGAUCCGGUUGGCAAAAUCGAUAGACGGACACUCCUCGACGAAGGGCUGACCCUCGAGCGGAUAUCAUGCCCCAUCGGUGUCCUCCUCAUUAUCUUUGAAGCUCGUCCAGAGGUUAUCGCGAACAUUGCCUCGCUCGCCAUCAAGUCCGGCAACGCCGCCAUCCUCAAAGGCGGCAAAGAGUCUACCAAGUCUUUCAUCGCUAUCUCCCGCGUCCUCUCGGCCGCCCUCGAAACCACCCUUGUCCCCUCCGCGUCCCUCCAACUUCUCACCACCCGCGACGCCAUCAUCCCCCUUCUCGGCCUCGACACCCACAUCGACCUCGUCGUCCCCCGCGGCUCCAACGACCUCGUCCGCCACAUCAAAUCCCACACCCAGAUCCCCGUUCUCGGCCACGCCGAUGGCCUCUGCUCCGCCUACCUCCGCCCCGAUUACCCCGCCGCCCUCGCCACCAGGAUCAUCCUCGACGCCAAAACCUCCUACCCCGCCGCCUGCAACUCCCUCGAGACCCUCCUCGUCGACGAGGCCUGCCUCCUGCGCGACACCGGGAACUUCCUCCCCGUCGCGUCCGCGCUGCUAGAGCGCGGCGUCGAGUUGCGCUGCGAUGCGCACGUCCGCGAGUUCCUGACCGCCGCGCUACCGUCAGCAACCGGGGUCAAGGCUGCUGACGAGAACCGGGACUUCGACACGGAGUUCCUGGACCUCACGCUCGCGGUGAAGACGAUCCCGUCAGGCGCGUCGGCGGGCGCGGCGUUGGCGACGGCGAUGGAGCACAUCAACAAACAUGGGUCGCACCACACGGACGUGAUCCUGACUUUGGACGAGGGGAUCGCGAACGGGUUCCUGGCGGGGGUGGACAGCGCGGGGGUGUUUUGGAACACGAGCUCGCGGCUGGCGGACGGGCAGCGGUACGGGUUCGGGACGGAAGUGGGGAUCAGCACGAAUAAGAUCCAUGCGCGGGGGCCAGUGGGGUUGGAGGGGUUGACGAUUUAUAAGUGGGUGGUGAAGGGAAACGGGCAGGUGAGUGAGGAUUAUGGGGAGGGGGAGGGGAAGAAGCCGUGGUUGCAUCGGACGUUGCCGGUGGGUGAGGGCUCCUCGUAG